AUGUCGUCUUCCAGCCAGAAGCGCGCCAGCGCAGCGACGGAGGCCGGUGGUUCGCCUGCAGCAUCCGGGUCGUCGACGCCCAACGGGGCCGGAAAGCAGGAUCUGGGCGUCAAUGCCGCCGCUCCCAAAAGAAAACGACCGGAACACUCCACCCCCCUGACGUUUGCCUCCCCGUUGAAGAAGGCCCGCACACACGACACUGCAUCGGUUGCUACUCCUGCCCUGAGAAAACAAAAAUCCGUCACCUUUACCGACGACACCAAGAACCCUGCACCAGUCAUUGCAGCUGAACGAAACGGCGUCGCUACUCCCGCAAAGAAGCCAAAAGGACCCAAGGGACCCAGCAAGAAACCCAAAAACGACCAGCCCACCGCCGACAUCCAGCCCGCCCUCGAGUACCUGAGGACGUGGAAGACAAGCCGUGACAGCUGGAAGUUCAACAAGAACCACCAAACCACCCUCAUCAAGCGCAUCUUCGACGCCAAUGCCAUCCCUUCAGCCGAUAUUGAAGCCUUCUACGACUACAUACAAGACCUGAAAGGCUUCACGCGAAAGCGCUUCUGCGAGACGGCUUCUGACGUCACAACCCAAGAUUCGACAGACGGCAAGGCGGGGUUCCCCCAGGGCACCAUGGAGGUCCAGGCCAAACAGGCCGAGUACGAUGCCAUUAUUGCUGGCAUCCUGAAGCUGGGCCUUGGUGCGGGAAGCAAGAGAAAAUGCUUCGACGAGGUCAGCUUCGUUGAUCAGGCCACCGACGCCGCCAUCACCCAGCGUGUCAUCAAGCGUAUGCGUGCCGAGAUUGUGCUCGACGAGCUCUCCGACAGCGAUGAGAGCACCAACAGUGACGCCCUGACAGCCACGACUGACGCCGCCGAGUCGGCCUCCUCAGCCCCCGAGCCGGUGCCGGCGCUCGAGGAUGACGAUUCUGACGACGAGGAAGAAGAAGAAGAGACCAAGGCAGUGGUCAAGGAGCUCAGCACGCAGGCGCGUCCCCGGCGUCGCAAAAUGCGCACGACGGCCGACGACUCUAGCUCUGACGAGUCUUCGGACUCGGAUAGCGACUCGGAUGCGAGCAGCGGCACCGAUGGUGACGAAGACUCUGAUGAUGAGGACGAGACCCCUGCUGCGGAUGACGACGAUGAUACCUCGAGCAGCGACUCUUCAGAUUCGUCCGACUCAGAGAGUGAUGAGUCGGAUGACUCUUCGGAAGACGAGGACGAGGGCCCGGCCAAGACGGCGUCCGCUAAGCGGAAGUAA